GAGGAACCUGAAGGGCAGAAUGUUGGUUCUUAGAAAGAUAUUCAGAGUGAAUGAAGGAAUAGAGGGGAGAUUCCUUCGUCAAUUGUCAAUGGGUCUGAUGGACCAACUCUCUGUAUAAAAGACAGGUCAGAUCAGACCUCAGACAUAGAACAAGAGCAUCAGGUAGACUUCAGACACAGAACCAGACCAGAGCAUCAGAGACCAGAACAUCAGAGACCAGAGCAUCAAAGACCAGAGCAUCAGAGACCAGAUCAUUAGAGACCAGAGCAUCAGAGACCAGAGCAUCAGAGACCAGAGCAUCAGAGACCAGAGCAUCAAAGACCAGAGCAUCAGAGACCAGAUCAUUAGAGACCAGAGCAUCAGAGACCAGAUCAUUAGAGACCAGAGCAUCAGAGACCAUCUCAGACAAUACAAUCUUCAGCAUCUCAACCAUUUCUCAACCAUGAAGACCCUGACUGCUCUACUCCUCCUGGGACUGCUCUGCUCCCUCCAUACGACGUCUGCAGGUGUCAUCGCGUUGGAAACAGCACCUGAAUGCUGUGUGGAAUUCAGCGCGAGGAUCCCUCUUAAACAAGUGGUUUCUCUCAGAACAACCUCCAGUAGCUGCCCUCGCAAAGCACUGAUUUUCACCACAAAGAAAGGGAAGACAUUUUGUGUUGACCCUUCUGAAGCCUGGGUCCAGAGUCAUGUGACCAAGAUUGAGAGCAGAUCGACUGCUGCCAAGACGACGACGAUGUCAUCAACCACCAUCACCCCCUAACACCCUAACCCUUGGUGGUGCACUAUAAAGGGAAUAGGUUGCCAUUAGUGACACAAACCUUGUUAAUACCCUAUCUGAGAUUGUUAUAGAGGAGGUUAAAUGUAAUGUACUAGGUUGAUACCCUGUCUGAGAUUGUUAUAGAGGAGGUUAAAUGUAAUGUACUAGGUUAAUACCCUAUCUGAGAUUGGUAUAGAGGAGGAUCAAUGUAAUGUACUAGGUUAAUACCCUAUCUGAGAUUGGUAUAGAGGAGGAUCAAUGUAAUGUACUAGGUUAAUACCCUAUCUGAGAUUGGUAUAGAGGAGGUUAAAUGUAAUGUACUAGGUUAAUACCCUAUCUGAGAUUGGUAUAGAGGAGGAUCAAUGUAAUGUACUAGGUUAAUACCCUAUCUGAGAUUGGUAUAGAGGAGGAUCAAUGUAAUGUACUAGGUUAAUACCCUAUCUGAGAUUGGUAUAGAGGAGGAUCAAUGUAAUGUACUAGGUUAAUACCCUAUCUGAGAUUGGUAUAGAGGAGGUUAAAUGUAAUAUACUAGGUUAAUACCCUAUCUGAGAUUGGUAUAGAGGAGGAUCAAUGUAAUGUACUAUGUUAAUACCCUAUCUGAGAUUGGUAUAGAGGAGGAUCAAUGUAAUGUACUAUGUUGAUACCCUAUCUGAGAUUGGUACGGAGGAGGUUAAAUGUAAUUCUAAUUGUUUAUUUUUCUAUAACUGUAAAAAUAUUUGACAUGUAGCUAUUCAGUAACCUAUUUAAUAUUUUAUAAAGCUGUUGAUUAUUUCAAACAUAUCCUGUAUGUAUU